UUGGAGCACCCGCGCGGGUAAUAGGCUUGGUGUAGAUUGUCCGGAUUUGGGAGGAGAGAACGGCUUGACUCGCGAGUUGAUUUGGUGCAUAUUGUCCAGACCUGGAGGGCAACGAGGGCGAUCAAUCGCGCGGAUGAUAGGUUCGGGGUGCAUUCUCAUCAAGAGAAGUCUUGAAGGUGAAGAGGAGAUGAAGGAUGGAGAGGGGGGAGCUUUAAAUAUUGGAUUCUGGACAAACCUAAUGCCGAGGAAAAAGCGACGUCCAUGAGAAGGGCGGAGGUAAGGAUCGAUGGGGUGUUCCGUGCCUGCUAAAUUUAAAAUGUCAGAUUCUUUGAAAAGUGAAAGGAAAGAUGGGCAAACGAAGGAGGGGAAAACGCACAUGUCCAGAUACUACAUUACAGCCAUCGUGUUCUGGACAAAUUCAUUAAGGCCGCUGCGGUUGGUCAAGGAGAAUUCGAGAAGAAAGGAGGGAGCGUGUGUUAAAAUAUUGCUCCACGGCGCCGUUGCCAGGUUGGGAAGCGGGCUCCUCGGUUUUGCAAUUCUCGCGUGGGACGUAGUUCAUGUUUGCGGUAAGGCAGCGACUCGUCAAAUCAUGCCUAGGAAUAAAUCCUCCUGCUUCGCGUCAGCUGAAUCUUUCAAUGACGGACACAUGUCUUCGUUUCCGUUCCAACCGAAACUUCUGCAGCCAGGCGUAUCGCCGAGCCCGACGUUCGGACUCCUGCCGUGGAUGGCCAUGCCCGGUGCGUCGCGGCCGUCCAUGCGCAGCCAGGCGUUGGUGAAGCGGCCGACAUGGCCCGGCGUGUCGUAGGCGUCUCGGUGGGCGGAGAGGACCCAGUGAUGCACAGUCAUGUCGACAUUGCGGUGGGCGGGCAGGUGGUGGGAGCGGGUGCGCCACCAGGCAUUGGUGAAGCGGCCG